AUGUCUCUCCCCCCACCAGCAAGGUCUGUUGAAGAAUGCCAUGCCAUUUUACGUGGAGAAGACUCUCCCCUUUGCGUUAUUGAGGAAGUCGUGAAUGGAAUCAAGAUGAAGACAUACAAGAAUCUGCCUCCUUCCAUUCGUGCAGUUUGGGAAGCUUCAGCUGUACACGCUGACAAGACAUAUGUGGUCUACGAAAAUGAACGAUACACGUACAAGGAAGCACACCUUAAAGUUGCUGCCUUGGCAAACCAAAUGAAGAAUGAGUUUGGUGUCAAGAAGGGUGAUCGAGUUGCCGUAAUUACGAGAAACUACCCUGAUUGGAUUUGGAUCUUCUGGGCAACCGUUUGCAUUGGCGCAAUCAGCGUACCCGUAAAUGCCUGGUUGACCGGCCCAGAGAUGGAAUACUGCAUCACAGACUCUGGAUCUAAACUCGUAUUCGUGGACGGUGAACGUGCCGAACGACUCGAACUACAUUUCGGCACCUUGAAGAAGGCCGGCGUCAAACAAAUGGUUAUCUGCCGUAGUCAGAAGACAUACGGAAUGCCAACGUUGGAUUCAAUUAUCGCUCGCGGCAGUGCUUUUACUGAAUUACCCCCUGUUGAUAUCAAGAUGGAUGAUCCUGCUACUAUCUUUUACACUUCUGGAACUACCGGCAAACCAAAGGGCGCCCUUGGAAGCAACAGAAACUAUGUAACAAACCUCUUCAACUUGAUGAACGGACCAUUCCGUUCUGCAUUACGCCAAGGCGAGCCUCUUCCAGUUCCAGAUCCAACCCUCCCACAAAAGUGCACAUUAUUGUCUGUUCCACUAUUUCAUGCUACCGGUUGCCACUCUACCCUUCAAGCCGUUACUUUUGGUGGUAGCAAACUCGUCUUGAUUUACAAAUGGGAUCCCAAGAGCGCUAUGGAAAUCAUUCAGCGAGAGAAGGUCAAUGGUAUCGGAGGCGUACCAAGCAUGCCUUGGCAAAUUCUCGAACACCCCGAUGUUGAAAAAUACGAUUUGAGCAGUAUCGAGUCUGUCGGUUUCGGUGGUGCACCCUCGUCUCGUGAACUCCAGCAAAACAUUAAGCGAAAGUUCAAGUCGGCUAUGGCUGGAAACGGUUAUGGAUUGACUGAAACAUCCAGUUUGGCAAUUGGUAACCAGGGCUACGACUACGAUCUGAAUCCAGGCUCGAUUGGCUUCGCGACUUUGGUUAACGAUGUCAAGAUUGUCGAUGAAAACACUGGCAAGGAAGUUCCUGUUGGCCAAUCUGGUGAAAUCUGGAUCAAGGGGCCUAAUGUCGUUCUAGGUUACUGGAACAACCCUGAAGCUACCAAAAAGGCUAUUACUCCUGACGGUUACCUAAAGUCGGGUGAUAUUGGCCAUAUGGAUAAGAACGGCUACUUCUAUAUCAGUGAUCGUGCCAAGGAUAUGCUCAUUCGCGGUGGUGAAAAUAUUUACUCUUCCGAAGUCGAGAACGCGCUCUACUCACACCCAGCAGUCAUGGAUUGUGCAGUUGUGCCAAUUCCUCACAAAGUCUUAGGCGAAGAAGUUGGAGCUGCUGUACAACUCAAGCCUGCAUAUAUCGGCAAAGUCACUCAAGAGGACUUGCAAAAACACGUCAGGCCUUUAAUCGCGGCCUUCAAGGUGCCCAUCUAUAUUGAUUUGCGAACCGAACCACUAGAACGUAAUGCUAAUGGAAAGAUCUUGAAGAGAGAUUUGAAACACGAAGUAGCUGAUGCAUACUUCAAAAAGACCGGCUUACCAAAGCCAAAGAUGUAG